UAAGGACACGAGGAUCUAGUAAGAGAUCCCAUUCUCACUUUUAUUUCUUUACAAGUGUACUUUGGAUUAGCAACCGACUAUUUUUCCAAACAUGCGUUCAUAAACGUUCAUGGAUUAAUGCGUUUUUAUGCUGGAGGAAACUUUCUCACCAAUUGUUUUGAAGGAGUAUUUUCUCUUGCAUCAGAGAAGACAUGAGUUGCUUGUUAAAAUGGGCAGCUUUCCUCUGGAUCGCACAAACCAUUCCCUGCACUGUUGGAAUGGCAUUGAACGAAAGAAUAGACAACUCUAGAUGUCCUCCAUUGAAAGUAGACAAGGACCUGUUUUCCUACAGUUUAAAUGGUCCACAGCCAGAAUUCACCGGUUUUGAUUUGACAGAAAAGUUUCUCCUGAGAAAGGGGGCAGUGACAGAGGAGCGGCCAUCAUUCCGGCUGGGGAGCAGCCCCCUCAUCAAGCCAACAGAAUUGGUGUUCCCCAAUGGUCUGUCCAGUGAAUAUUCUCUAGUUACCACCUUCCGGCUGAGGAAAACCACUAAGAAAGACCGCUGGUAUCUGUGGCAGAUAUUCGACCAGACGGGGGGUACCCAGGUGUCUGUAGUGUUGGACGGUGCUAAACGAGCAGUGGAGUUCUCAGCCCGGGGCCUUCUGAAGAACAGCCUCCACUACACCUUUAAGAGCCGAGACCUGCACACCCUGUUUGACCGCCAAUGGCACAAGCUGGGUGUGGCGGUCCAGAGCAGCAUCGUCUCCGUUUACAUGGACUGUAAACUAAUAGAGAGGAGGCUGACAGACGAGAAGGAUGAAAUCGACCCCAGCGGAUAUACGCUGAUUACAACCCGGGUGGAGGAUGGACGGCCUGUAGAUAUCGAACUGCAACAAAUCCUGAUCUACUGUGACCCAUACCUGGCUGAGAUGGAGAACUGCUGUGAGCAGGCAGGAUCUACGUGUGAGCCUAGCAGGGAGGGCCCUGGUGUUGGAGGGGUGACUCCCAAUCCCUUGGAUACAGAUGGAGUAGGCCAGCUCCCCCGGAUGCUCUCCCAGCCCGUCCAGCCAGCUCGGGUCCAGCGGGUCCAGCAUUCCAGCAGUGACAGAUGUCAAUGUUCAGCAGAGAAGGGUGAUCAAGGUCUACCAGGCUUGGCAGGACUUCCAGGACAGAAAGGCGAUCAAGGAGACAAGGGAGAGACCAGGAAAGACGGGUUCCCUGGAAACUCAAGCCAGAAGGGUGACCAGGGUGUUUCUGGCUCACCAGGUCUGGAUGGUAUUCCUGGACAGAAG